UGAAUCGUAUUCCCUGCCGUGUUCACGCGAAAAUCAUUCAAGAAAUUAUUUUAGUGUUUAAUUCGAAUCAGGAUAUAAAUAACCUUUUCAUUUACGGUCAAACGAUUGUUGAAACUAAAUCAGAACACUUACCCUUAUUUAUUCAUCAGUCAGGAGAUUCACCUUGAUUGGAUAAUUGCCCAAUAAAAAAAAAACUGUGGCAGCGAAAAUGGCAAAGCAAAGCUUGCUUAGUUGUGUUUAUCUAUGAAUUCAGUGAACAAGUGUCUUCGGAUUUACCCUAUUAAAAAUCAUGAAAGCCUUUACGUGAAAAAUGGCCAAAACUAUCCUCAAAACCACUUCAGAUGCACAAGAAAGUAAUAAUCAACUAAACCGCGUCUCGCGAACCUAUUUAUCAAUGGAACCGUCUCCGAUUUUAUCGAAAAGACAAGCGGAGCUGUUCUCGAACUUUCGAAUCGGAUCGAGUACCCCGGAUCUUCCCCACUUUGGCACUAAUGGCAAUAGUGAAAAUGGAAAUCCGUAUUUCGUUAAUUCCAGGUUAAAGAAAGUCGACACUGAGGCCAGUUUGGCUAAUAGUUUCAUUGGUAACAGUAAUGGAGUUUACAGAACAGAAUCUAGAAAAUCGUUUCGUCCAAAUGCCAUUCGAAAAAUGCGUAGGAGAGCUGUAUUUAAAAACGGCGACUGCAACAUACUCCAAUCCAGAAUCUCCAAGAGACGUCUACGAUAUCUCCAGGACAUUUUCACCACCUUAGUCGACUCACAAUGGCGAUGGACCCUUACAAUCUUUGCCAUAGGAUUUGUUGGUUCCUGGUUAAUAUUCGCCUUAAUUUGGUGGCUGAUCGCAUUUACCCACGGCGACUUGGAAGACGAACACUUGCCAAACAACCAGGCGAACUCUGAAUGGACUCCUUGCGUACUGAACAUUCACGGUUUCACUUCGUGUUUCUUGUUCUCAAUUGAAACUCAACACACCAUCGGGUAUGGCGUACGGACUACCACCGAAGAGUGUCCAGAAGCGGUAUUUAUUAUGUGUUUACAAAGCAUCGCUGGGAUGAUUAUACAAGCUUUUAUGGUUGGAAUAGUUUUCGCUAAAAUGACUCGCCCUAAGUUGAGGACGCAAACUCUACAGUUCUCCAAAAACGCGGUAAUCUGUCAACGAGAUGGACAGUUAUGUUUGAUGUUCAGAGUGGGCGAUAUGAGAAAAAGUCACAUUAUUGGUGCGAGCAUACGUGCUCAACUGAUUAGAUCUAAGAAGACCAAAGAAGGAGAGAUCCUCAGCAAUUUUCAAACCGAACUGCCAGUAAAUGCCGAUGGUUGUGACGGUAAUCUAUUUUUCAUUUGGCCGAUGACGAUCGUACACAGGAUCGAUGAAGAAUCCCCGUUCUACCACUUAUCGGCCAGCGAUCUUUUACAGGAAAAAUUCGAAAUAGUCGUGAUAUUAGAAGGAACAAUCGAAAGUACCGGCCAAACCACCCAGGCGAGAUCCAGCUAUUUAGCUAGCGAAGUCCUAUGGGGUCACAGGUUCGAACCAGUAGUGUCAUAUAAUAAAGACAGACAAGGAUACGAAGUAAAUUACUCGAAAUUCAAUAAUACUCUCGCGGUGGAUACGCCUCUGUGCUCGGGAGCGGAUUUGGCCGAAUUUUACAGGAUACGAGAUAUGCCAGACUCCGAAAAGCCGCUUUUGAACACGGAUCCAGCGAACUUCGUUUUACGAUCCCCGCCAAUCAAAUCGCUUAGUAAAACUAUCGACAUGGACGACGAAAGUGAGACCAGGCCGUUUCCUCUUGACUCAUUGUAAAAAUUAUUUUUUAUUUUACUUAUAGAUAAUAUUAUAUAUGUUGUACAUAAUAUAUAAAUAAAUAAAUUACUAAUAUUUA